AUCCGGUAUUCCCGGAAAUCCUUUAUUUGGCAUCGGUGCUAUGGCCGAAUACACUGCGCUAGCAGGCUUGCUACUUUGACGUUUAUGUUUGGCAAGGUCUUAAUUGAUCAACCGGCGUUGUUUUAUACUUGACAGUUUUUGCAUGGAAUUUGCUCCAGCGUUUUCGUGGCACACAUUCAAUAACCGAACCAAUGCAAUGGCUGUCCGGGUUUGAGCUUAAUUUCUAAUGCUAAUAGCUAGCUAGCCAUCAAGCUAUACAAAAGAAAGGAAACUAGCUAGCCAAGCUAGUUAGCCAAUGUUACCUUGGUCCUAGCUAUCUAACUACCCAUCCGAGAAUUGCUUAAGGUAUUUUGUUGCCCGAAAACAGUUGGACAAUAUAGACAGUAGUAUUAGCUUGUUGUCGUUUUCAAGGGAAAGCAUCUAUCGGAUAAUUCCGAGUCUCAAUGCCCGAACAAGGCCCGAGAAUGAAUGGUUUUUCCCUUGGCGAACUAUGCUGGCUGUUCUGUUGCCCUCCAUGUCCCAGUCGUAUAGCGGCUAAACUGGCAUUUCUCCCCCCGGAGCCCACGUAUUCCGUGCACACCGAUGCUAACGGGACCAGUAGUUUACAUCUAACCGAGCGCGCGGACUGGCAGUACUCCCAGCGGGAACUGGAUGCUGUCGAGGUGUUUAACACCAGGACCAGUAGGGGUAACCGGGUUGGCUGCAUGUUCGUACGCUGUGCCCCGAACAGUCGGUACACAUUGCUUUUUUCUCACGGCAACGCAGUAGACCUGGGCCAGAUGUGCAGUUUCUACAUCGGCCUUGGGUCCAGGAUCAACUGCAAUGUAUUCUCCUACGAUUAUUCAGGCUACGGUGUCAGUAGUGGUAAGCCGUCGGAGAAAAACCUAUAUGCAGACAUCGAGGCGGCUUGGCAGGUGCUGAGAAACAAGUACGGAGUGACUCCAGAGAACAUCAUCCUGUACGGCCAGAGUAUCGGCACGGUGCCCACGGUGGACCUGGCCGCGCGCUACGAGUGCGCCGCCGUCAUCCUGCACUCUCCCCUCAUGUCCGGCCUCCGCGUAGCCUUCCCCGACACGCGCAAGACCUACUGCUUCGACGCCUUCCCCAGCAUCGACAAGGUGUCGAAGGUGGCGUCGCCUGUCCUGGUGAUCCACGGUACGGAGGAUGAGGUCAUCGACUUCUCCCACGGCCUGGCCAUGUACGAGCGCUGCCCUCGCGCUGUCGAGCCCCUCUGGGUGGAGGGCGCCGGCCACAACGAUAUCGAGCUCUACGCCCAGUACCUGGAGAGACUGAAGCAGUUCAUCUCCUAUGAGCUCCCCUCCUCCUGAAGAAGCGGCUCGGACGAGUCUCAACAGUCUUAAGCGACUCCAUUCUCCUUUCCCCUCCCCCCUCAUCUCCCCUUCUCCUUUCAUCUCCCCUUCUCUCCUCUCAUCUCCUCUCCUCUCAUCUCCCAUUCUCCUUUCUCCUCACCCCUCAUUUCCCCUUCAUCCGACGGAGGAUACCUGGACCACUGGGAAACCUGGACCUGCAAGGCCUGUGUCCGUGCACCCUUUCAUCUGGUGUUUGGUGUUGCCUCGGGAAUGACGGUUGAAGGAGAGGAGGUCACUUAAGCCUGUUGAGACGCAGCCCAGGGCGAGCCAGGCUGGAUCCAGUUUAAGCAGCCCCAAACCCAGGCGCUCAUAUGUGGACGGUUCCCUCUUUGCCAAGGAGAUUGGACCCGCUCAGUAUUUGCACUUGCUCUUGAAUUUAAACUCACCUUUUCUCUUUUACACUGUCUUUCUCCCUCUCUCUCUCUCUCUCUCUCUCUCUCUCUCUCUCUCUCUCUCUCUCUCUCUCUCUCUCUCUCUCUCUCUCUCUCUCUCUCUCUCUCUCUCUCUCUCUCGUUCUUCUAUCUCUCAUUCCUUGCGCUCGCCAUCUGCAAAGUAUGGGAACCUCCCUGCGACAAUCUGGUUGCAGUCUCCUUCUCUUUCCCUCCCCCCCCCCCUCUCUCUCUUCCUCACCUCCCCCUUCUCUCUCCCUGUGAGAGGCUUUGUGAUGCUCAUGGUUGAUUGACUUUGAAUUAUUUUAUACCUGAUGAAGAAAAAUCCAAUGUUUUGCACCUCAAGUACAUGAUUGAAGUUUUUUUUUGUUCGUUUUUUGUUCAAUUUUGUUUUCUGUAUCUUAAUUUCCCAUUCAGGGUAAAUGAAACGAAUGCAUCUUUACGGUGCAGAUAUUUUCAGGUAAUCAUUUUCUAUGUUCUGAUGUACAUUUUGUUAUUUUUUAUUAUCGUAUUGGCAUUCCAUUUUUUUCUCUUCAGGAGAGGAACAUUUCUAUUUUGUUGUUCAAGGCCAGUGUGUGUGUGUGAGGCAUGCGUGGUAAAACGUCAUUACCCAGAAUGCAUCUUGUCAUCUCCUUUAGCUGUUAACUGGUAAUCCUGUUUUAAUUUUAACAGUACUCAAGCAGGCAUCCAAUCAAACAGACCUCCCAAUGUACUGUAAGUGAGUCUGCAAAGCUUGGUGCUUGUUUGAUAUGCCAGUAGUAGAAAACAAGUAGGGGUUUGAUGUGGAUGUUCUCGUGUUGCUCUAUGAACCGUAUGAAGAUUGUGUGUGUGUGUAGCAACAUGGUUUAGUUAUGUAUCCUUCAUUUCACACUACAGGAAGCCUUAUGUCUGGAGACAUUAUUUCACACUAGGUUGGGGAGGUGCUCUCUGCUGCUAGUGGUCAGAGCAUGUAUCACUGUGAACUGGACCUUCAGGGGGGGGUGCCGGGGGUGCAACUGCUAACUAAAGGUACUACACUCCAUGCUGUCGCACUACAGCUCUCUUUGAGCCAUUUUGUAACUACCUGUCAUCUGAUUUUGAGCCCCCUCCCACCUCCCCCCUACCCUGUGAGUCCUGUCUGGUGACCCCCACUACGCCAACCCCCCCCCCCCCCCCCACACACACACACACACACUACUCUGACCCCCCACUACUCUGAAACAUCCCCUAAAAUGACCCUGACUACCCUGACUCCUGAUGCUCAACAUGCUUAUCCCUGGCCUGCACUACCCUGACCUGUGACCUUCACUACUCUGACCCCCAUUACCUGAUCCCCAUUACCCUGACCUCUGACCUGCACUACACUGACCCCCACUACCCUGACCUCUGACCUGCACUACCCUGACCCAACUACCCUGACCUCUGACCUCCACUACUCUGACCCCCAUUAUCCUGUCCCCACUACGCUGACCCUUGACCCCUCAUGUUUUGGACUUGGCUCCCAUCUCAGUUCGCUGCAAAGAACUCUGCAGAUGUCAUGAACGUGUUGUUGUGGAUGAAACAACCACAGCAUGUAAACCAACUGUCCAUAACAUUGGAAGACUUGAGGAGACUCGCCCCUCUGCUCUCCAUCGCGGGUUUCUACUGCAACUUGUGAUAAAUGUCUGAUUGGUCUGUGUGUAACCGUGGUGAUGACUGUUUUCGGGUAGCGGUUGAGUGUUGUCAUGAAGAGAUGGAUCUGUAGUCUCUCAUCAUAGCUUCUGGGACGGCAUCCUGGAUGCCCUUCAUCUGUAGUGGUUCUCUUCUCUAGCCUUUUUUUAAAGGAUGAAACUAAUCUGCUUUAGUCCCAUGAUUGUUUUGAUACUGACAUUUUUACAAGACUUUUUCCAGUAAAUGUUGAUAGAUUUCCACUGUCUCUAAAGCUGGUUUGUAAGAUAAUCAUAUAUAACUCAUGUAUAGCUCCUCUAAGCAUAUAUUAUUAAUUGAUUAAGGGGUAUUCUAGCCUACUUGACUUCAACACUGGAAUCACAGUAUGCAAAUUUUGAAACAGGAAGUGGGGGAAACAGGAAGUGGUUGUAGAGGUGUUGGUCCUACACUUGAGUACGGCAGACUGGAUAAAUAAGCCUUAUAUGUGCCGUGGGACAGAUUAAUGUCAUUCAUGUUGACUUUGUUGCUGGAAGGUAACUGGAUGUUUUAAUAUUAUGAAAUAAAGGAUGCAUGGAUUA